GGCUUAUUGAUGGAUCUUGAUUCCCUAAACGGUCACUGAAUUCCAAGUCUGUUUAACUAACCGUCCGUGUCCUUCGUCCAAUCCCCUUCCACAUUGCCAAAUCAUCUGGCCCUUUUACAAAUCAUCAAUUUCUCUCAUCCCUUCCCCUCUCACAUGUCCACCCCUCCUUCUUCGGGUUCACCCACUCCUUCGACUUCUACCAACGUGUCCCCAGCAAUCUCUUCACCUUCAUUUACUUCCUUAAUGGCCAGAGCUCCCACAGAAGAGAACGAUAUCAGUCCUACUUCGACAAAUCACAAUGCUACUCCUACACCCACUCGCCCAGCUGUAGAAUUGCCUCGACCCGGUCAAACUAACGAUAGAGCCGGUUGCUGGUACGUCGUCCUUACUCGUUGUUGUAGAUCGAUCCUUACCUGAUUUCUCCAUUCAGGACGUGUAGAAUUCGCAGAAAGGUAGGCGACGCGCAACUCAAGGAGAAAAAAAAAAUGAUAGAUUGUUGAACGCUUUUCUCUCUUUCCCUCCCCAGAGAUGCGACCUGGAACGACUAGAAGGAAACUCUUGCCGAACAUGUAAACGUUUAACGAUCGAAUGUCUAGGUUGGGGUGCGAGAAGGCCUGAAUGGAUGCGCGUGAGUUUGCCUUUCAGUUUUUUCUUCUUCUUCCCAACACCCCCAUGAACGCCGUCCAUUUUAGAACAAGCAAGCCGUUGACGACUACAAAGCGUCCAUCAAAGCUCAGCUGACGCGUAAAGGACUGAUCCGUGGUCAGCCACGUUCUUCAAUGCAAGCCGCUCAAGCAGCAGCUACUGGCGGUGGGAGUAGUAGUGGAACCAGUACAAGAGCACCUAGAAGAUCUCGGGCCAGUAAUGCCAGUUCAACAACAACAGCGUCUAGGUCGCCGAUUCAGGAAGUACCAACGGGAUUCGCUGGACAGAGUCAUAAUCACGACAGCAUGUUACCUGGAAUACCCAGCACUUCUUCAUCAAGAUUGUAUCCGACUGAUGGGUCGUCAUACAGCGAUCCUCUAGAUCUCGGCACCUCAUAUUUCGCGACUUCCCCACUUCAGCCGACGACGACUCUUCCCGUUCCCUUUCCUUCUGAAGAACCUGUUGGGUUCAACGAUCUAUCCAUAUCCGGAUCUUCCGCUUCCACAUCACACCCACAGCAAAACCUCUUAUCGCCUGCCCUUGGGUCACCGGGACUAGGGUUUGGUGGAGGUUUGGGUUUCGGAGGGGGAGGAGGAGGAUAUGACUUUAGUGGAGGAGGAGACUCACAGAUGGCUCCCGAGAUCCCUAGUCUCUCCGGUCAGAACUCCAUACAAGAAGGCCAUGUCAUGUAUUACUUCGAAAACAUUCGAAGGGUACAUUGCAUGUUGUCGAAUCACCAUGUUAUGAACACGACAUUUGAGUUGAUAGUGCAAGACCCAAGAGGCGCACUGACAAAUGCCGUUUGCGCAUUAGCCAACCUGCAUUACACCCGAUUACGUGUUGCCCAAGGUUUAGAAGCUCCAGAUCCGAAUCCCGAACACUCGACAGCAAAAUAUUUUUACGACGAAGCCUUUUAUCAACUCAUCAACGCCAAACAACUCCGGGGGAGUUAUACCGAAACCGACGUUCUCGCUGCACUCCAUCUGGUCUGCUAUUCCCAACUUUCGGGAGGAUCGACGGAAUGGCAACAGGUACUUCAUAUCGCCUUUGAUUGGGUCGCACAGUUGGGUCUUCCGACUGACGAUAAUCCGGGUAUAUCCCUGGGGAUGAUGAGUCUUGCAUGUCAGCUUGGUGUCAAAUGUACCAUGAUGUUUGAUAUCAUCUCCAGCUUGACCCUCAUGCGACCUCCGAGAUACUUCCCCCUCUAUCAACGUCUCCUUAGCUGGACGGACAACAACCUCCUUCUCCAACCUGGUGGCAUGCAGAUGGAUGUCCUAAGCGGCUGCCCGGACGAAGCAUGGUUAGCCAUUGCCGAAGUGUCUGUACUGGCGUUUUGGAAAGUCACGGAGGAACGUAAAGGGACGCUCAGCCUCCGGGAGCUCGUCCGUCGGGGUGAUGACAUUGAACGGCGGUUGCGAUCAAGUAUACAUACUGCGUCUACUGCGGAUCUGUCAUCGCAGGCGCAAAACACGUACCUGGGAAGUGUGGACGUGAUUUUGCCUAGCGAUGAGGUGCGGAGGGUGGUUGGGAAUAUAUUUAGGGAGACGGCGUUGUUGUACUUGCACACUGUGGUGAACAAUCCGAGUCCUGGUGUACAUGAGAUCAGCGCGUCAGUUGACAGCCUAGUCAGGAUGAUACGACAAUUAGCACCGAGUGAGAUUGAUCGCACACUGGUGUUUCCGAUCUGUCUUGCGGGCAGCAUGUCGGAUAACUCGAUGCACAGAGAUUUCUUGAAGGGGAGAUUGCAAAGCCAAGACGAGACGAUCGGGAAUAUCAUGAAAACGCGGUAUUUGAUGGAAGGUGUUUGGCAGAGACGGGAUGUGAGUGGGACCUCUGUCGAUUGGAGGGAAAUGAUGAGAGACAGGUCGAUUAAUUUGCUGUUGAUGUGAUUAUUAUUUUAUUUUCUGCGCCGGACUGACACACUCUCGGAUAUAUAUUACUUGCCUUGGUUUCGGUUAACUUAUAAGCAUAUUUUUUUCACUGUACGUUCUAUGCAUUUCUAUAAUCGAGUACUUGUAAGUAGUGAAUUCUUUUAAAAGUUGAUAUGAAAUAAACAUACCCUGCA